CGGAAUGCUGCAGUUCAUCUUUUGUCCACCGGGGACCGACAACACAAGCUUGGCUGCUGCGGAACCGAGUGCACUUAGCUUUAAGCUAACGUUAGCCACCUGAGCACCAUUAACCCCAGUGUGGGGCUUUAAUUAGUCAUUAGUUCGGUAGCUGGUCCCGGACUGGCUUCUUUGGUCAAACAUGCAGAAAUAUGAAAAGCUGGAAAAAAUCGGAGAGGGAACUUAUGGGACAGUUUUCAAGGCGAAAAACAGAGAAACCCACGAAAUCGUAGCUUUGAAAAGGGUGAGGCUGGACGAUGACGACGAGGGGGUACCCAGCUCUGCCCUGAGAGAAAUCUGCCUUCUGAAGGAACUCAAGCAUAAAAACAUAGUCAGACUACACGAUGUUUUGCACAGUGACAAGAAGUUAACCUUGGUUUUUGAAUAUUGUGAUCAGGAUUUGAAGAAGUAUUUUGACAGCUGCAAUGGGGAUCUAGAUCCUGAAACUGUGAAGUCAUUCAUGUACCAGCUGCUGAAAGGCCUCGCUUUCUGUCACAGUCGAAACGUCCUUCACAGAGAUCUGAAGCCACAGAAUCUUCUCAUCAACAGAAAUGGGGAGCUGAAGCUGGCUGACUUUGGGUUGGCUCGAGCCUUUGGUAUUCCUGUGAGGUGUUACUCAGCAGAGGUGGUGACCUUGUGGUACCGGCCUCCAGAUGUGCUGUUUGGUGCUAAACUUUAUUCUACCUCAAUCGACAUGUGGUCUGCUGGAUGCAUAUUUGCAGAGCUGGCUAACGCUGGAAGGCCUUUAUUCCCUGGGAAUGACGUGGACGACCAGUUGAAAAGAAUCUUCAGAUUGUUGGGUACGCCGACUGAAGAACAGUGGCAGACAAUGACCAAACUCCCCGAUUACAAGCCAUACCCCAUGUAUCCAGCCACCACCUCACUGGUGAAUGUUGUCCCUAAACUAAGUAGCACAGGACGGGAUCUACUCCAGAACCUGUUGAAAUGUAAUCCUGUCCAGAGGAUCUCUGCAGAGGAGGCCUUGCAGCACCCAUACUUUGCUGAUUUCUGCCCUCCCUAAACGCUACCUUGCCUAUGCGUGAACCUCAGCCGCCAGAAUCAAUCAUCCUUCACUCUGCUGGUUUCAUUAGGAUCAGUCCCAACAAGGCAAAAUCCCUCACUGGUUUUUCAAACACUCCCCUGUAGUUCAUUCUGUUGUGCCUCUGUGUGGAACAAAGUCCUGCAAGGUUUUUGUUUCUUGUACAUUGCAGGCCAGUUUAAUUUGGUACGUAGACGCCUCCCGGUUAAUUAGCGCUGAAGUGGGAGGAUGUGCUCUGUGUUGCAUUGAAUAAAAUGUCACCUGCAGAAAUGGUCCUCAACAAGAAGCCUGUCUAAUCCAAGAGAAUGAAAUUGGCACCUGACUUUUAAAUAGUUGACCAUGACUGAACGAAAGCCCUUUGAAUCUGUGGUGAAUCUGAAUCUGAAGUGCUGUUAGCAAACAACACAUUUACAGAAACAGCCUUUUUUUAAAUCAAUAAUGUAACGUACAAAGCAGUUUGGCCAGUGUGCUUCCAGUAACAGAAGUCUUAACAGUUGGUGGAGACUGUUGCUAUAUAUAAAUCAACAUUCAGCUUUUAAAUAACAAAUAAUUUUAAAAAAAUUGACGAGGAUUGGUUUAGUUUGGGUGUUAAAGAAUAAUAAUAAUAAUAAUUUUGAGUAUAUUUGUACAGAGUUUGAUAUUUUACAGUUAAAAAAUCUCAACAGAUUUUAUAAUCAAAACACUUUCUAAGUCAAAACAUGGAAAUUCAGUGCUCAAGUUUGUAUUUGCGAUAACCACUCCUACUGAUAAACAGCUCUGGUGGAGACCACAGAUUCCUGGGGCAGCUCAUGCUAAUAAAAAGUCACUAUUUUAAUACGUCAUUUGAAAUAUUCCCAGUUUAAGAAUCACAAGCAGCUGAUUUUUCUUACUGAUAAUGCUUAAGUCAGUGUUUCCCUCUUUUUAUGUGUGUGUGUUAUUAGUUUAAGGACAUAUUUUAGGUUUAUUUUGUUUGUCAUUGUUUCCUCAGAAGUUUCCUGGUUAGAAAUGUGUUUAAUUUGGUUCUAACGACGGAGGAAUAUUGUAGGAAAUGAUUUGAAAUAACUGCUCCAAUUAAAGCAGCAUAAAUAUAAAUCUGUUAUUCAUUUAUCAAUGGAAGGAUUCUCUAUUAUCUAAAUUGUGUUUUUGUCUGCACACAGAAUUUAAUUUUUGCUCCUUUAAGCUACAAACUGUUAAUCAGAUUGGAAAUGUAUUAACUGACACUGUCUCCAUUGUGUUUAGGGCCAAAUUACAUUUGUCUUUCCUGGAAACAUCGUAGAAACAAAUGUGUUCCUGUUAUUUAAUUUUUUUAUACAUAUAUUUUUAGCACACUUCCUGUUUCUGAUGCUUCACAUACCAACAGUACAUUGUCCCACUAAUUGUUACAAGAUUGUAUAAUAGCAUGGGAAGCUAAUUUAUAAUUUUUCUUUUUUUAUUUCCCUAUUUGUCUUUUUGUGCACUUUGUAAAUGACGGUUUUUAUUUUAAAUCGUUUAUCGAUAAUAUUAAAAAUUUGUUGAACACUGACAGCCAGGAUUAUAGCCGGUUAUCAAUAAAUGGGCCAAUUAUAAAUAUAAAUAUAUAUCUGUAUGUAUGUUAAUGAGCAGUGGACCAUUUGUGGCAUAUUUCUAUUAUUCUUUUAGCUUUUCUAAAACCGCUUUUGUAAUCAGUCAGUCAGAGAUUCAAGAAAAAGGCAGAGGAUCUUGAUGAUAAUCUGUAUUUUCAUAUGACUGUUUUCACCCAUUAGCUGUUUCCACUUUGGUUACAUGUGUCAAUAUGCUCGACAGCUUGCAGUGUUAUUUGACUUCAGAUCAUUACAGUGCUACUUAUCCCAUCAGCGCCUACAUGAUGAGCUGUGUUUGAAUCUAUAGGGAAAAGCACUUAUUUUCAUUUUGCUGACGUAUAAGACAAGAUAAUGGAUGCAUGUAUUUAUUGAUGAUGGAAUGUCUGCUCAUUUUAAUUUUUAAUUUUUUUUGCAUUUGUUUAAAUGUAGCACAACUUCAUUUGGUACAGAAACUGCCUUUUGAAUGAUUUGAAUAAUGCACCUGUAGUGUUUAGUCGCCUCUUUAGGAUUUCACAUGUUGAAGGUUUUAUGUGGAUGAAGUUACAAUCAAAAAAACACAAAAGCAUCUGCUCUCAGUUUCUCAUUGUUGUGACAGGACUUCUCAAACUGCUUCAGUACUUUACACAGCUUGAAUUUAAAUUUGAGUGGAGUUCACACUUUGCUCGAAUAUUUGCUUUUGUUGGAAGAAUAUUUCAGCCGGUUCUCUGAGCCUCGGUGUUCGAUAAAGUCGACAUUAAUGCGUGUUUGCUUUUGAGAUUGGAAGUGCAUCUUUGACCUUGGACAAACAAUUCAUUCGUCAGGGUCCAUUUAGCAGCUGCUCCGGAGCUUUCCGUCAAAUCCAUGACAAGUGUGCAAACCCCCAUCUGCUGUGGAAGAACAUGAGAGAUGAUUAAAAGCUCCAGAACAGCUUCUGAAUUAACCUUGAUGCUUGACUUUCUUAGACAAUAAUUUACACAGCCUGCAUAUUAAUAAUAAACUAAAGAAAACUCAGCAUUUCAAGAAAA